UGUUUCCGUCCUGAGACGGGCGGCCCUCUCCUUACACAUGCGCAUUAGGAAACACGUGUAGCGCUGGGAGGCGGGGCUCGCGGCCCUCUGUGCACAUGCGCAGUACAUACUCGUCGAGCUCGGCUCUAGGCUAGGGCAGCCGGUCAGGCUGGCGAUGGAUUUUGUCGGGGCGCGGAGCGCGGUGCUGGCAGUGCUGAGGGGCGUGCGCGCAGGCGACCAGUCCCGCCUGCUGCACUGGAUGCGAACGACCAAUGAUUUUGAUGAAUUCAUGUUGAGUAAUAAUGAUGUUGUGCUCAGAAGUAUUGCUGAAGAUCUUCGGAAUUGCUUACCCAUUGAGGCAAUGCUUAACUCGGAACAUCUAGCAAUUCAAAAAAUACUUGAGCAGCCAGAGCCGACAGUUCAUAUUGAUGCAUUCCUUUAUGAUGAUGACAUUAUUGAUUCAUUGUGUGAGAAGGGGAAAAUGAGUAGAAACUACUGUGUAGUGUGUGGCUCACACAAGACUGCACCUUUAGAGUUUAUAUCUCAUUCCUUUUCCCUCAUGGAACUGAAGUUUCUUUAUCAGUAUGCAUUGCCUGACCUGACAGGAAAGAUUCUGGUUGACGUUGGCUCCAGGCUUGGUGCAGUGCUAUUUGGGGGCUAUCUUUACAGCUCAGCGUCCCAGCUAUAUGGAGUGGAAAUGAAUGCAGACUUUUGCCAGUUGCAAGAAAUGAUAAUCACAAAAUACCAAUUUACAGACAGAGUCAAGGUGCUUCAUUCAGACAUCUGUACUCAGGCUUCACUCCUUCAAAAUGCUGAUGUUCUUGUAAUGAAUAAUGUCUUUGAAUAUUUUCUCGACAGAUUGGAACAGGCCAGAGCCUGGGAAUUUAUCAGUCAUAAUAUGAGGAAAAAAGGGUCAUUAUUAGUGACAGUCCCAAGCCUUGAAGAAUCUAUCUCAAACCUACAGACCGAUAUACUGCUUAGCCAGUGGGUAGAAGAGAUGAAGUUGGACUAUGAUGAAUACAUGGAAAAGGAUAUUGAUAGAGAAGCACUUGAACAAAUUCAUUUGUACAAGAUUCUCUAGCAUACAGACUGAUUUAUUGAUAACAGUAUAAAAUCAUUGACUUCAGAGGGAGCUGUGUGAAAGGACUGUAGGAUUAAGCCCUAUUUCCAAAAUAAAUCUUACUAUUUAUUUUAGAAAUUAUACAGAUUCUCACUAAUGAAAACAUAUUUUGAGAUGUCAAAUUUCUUGCAUUAAAGUUUCUCAGUGUGUCAUAACAGUACAAUAAAUUUUACCCACUAGGUAUCUCUGUAGCUUCAUUCUGCAUGGAAGUAUUUUGAAAGACUGGCAGUCUACGAACACCAGAAGAGUCCAUCUUGUGCACUAUUAAUGGCUGUGAACCUCCCAAAGUUUAGGUUUUUUUUAUAAAUACAUUAACAGAAAAAUAGAGACCCACUAUUAAAUGUGAAUGGUAUUCAUAUAUUUAACACAGCUUUAUUUAAAAGCUUUAGUAUAUUAUGUUGGGAUUUCAGUACUGACAAACUUACAGUACUGCUAUUAAUAUUCUGCCUAUGGAAUUCCUGAUUAUUAUUUUUAAGGUCUGCACAGUAGCUACAGAACCUAUAGGUAUUGGUGUUGAAAAGACUAUUGUUCCAGUUUAGAGUAGCAUUGUGACAGUGGUGAUCUCCUUCUAUUCAAUGGUCCCCAGGUUGACUGUUGAUGUAAUUGGGGAUAAAUAAGAAUCCUUCAGAAAUAUUGGUCUAAAUAUAGGAGAAUGAAAAUCUGCUUCACUUCCUUAAUUUUAAUGAGGAUUGUAAGGGGUUAAGAAACUAAAUAUUCUGAGCAAGAGUUAUGGCUUAGCAUAAUCUUUGGUGAUGUAAAACAUUGGCAAUACACAAUAACAGAAUCGUCCCCAAACCCUCCCAAAGAGAAUGAAAAGACACACACACACACACGCUUAUAUUUAGAUUUUCUAUUCCAACUAUAUAAAACUUUCAGUUCAUUGAAAAGUUUUUCAGCCUUAGACAUCACUGACAAUCAAUAUGUUUUGCAUUUAACUGCAGGAAUUUUUGACUAUGUGCAGUGCCAACUGGAAGCAAUGUUACUGUAUGUGUCUAAAAGUUUUCUACACAAGUUAAGUCCUGUUCAAGUAGCAAAAUGUUAUACUGGCUACAGUUUUUAUUUUUCUAAUAAUUUGCAGCAAAGAAUACAUGUAAAAUGUUGUAAUAACAUAUAUAGAGGCAAAAAGAUGUAAUAGCUAAUUAGGGCCUUAAUAGCACACCAAAUUCAUGGAUCUUUAUUAUGUGGGUAGAGCUUUAUUUUUGAGGCCAAGAAGUCAGACUUAUCUCACUUCAUUUUGUUUUUGUGAGAGUUGUAACUUGACUUAUGUUGAGCCUUUACCUAGAGACUCUGGUGGAUGCAUUUUUCAUAAAUUAUAAAAUGAGUAAAGAUGGAAACUUAUGGUUAAAAAGUUUAUAUUUAUUUUCUUUAUCUAGAAUAAUUGAGCCCCUCAGUAUUGUGUUCCUGUACUGAUCAACUAGGAAGAGAUUCCCCAUGAGGCUAAGCCACAUGCAAGAUGGUGACAAUAUAAGGCUGUGAUCUGAAAAUGAAUGAGAGGGGUCAUGAAACAAGAAAAGAAAUUUAAUAUGCAUUUCAGAAUGAGGAAACAAGCUCUUAAACCAUAAUAAUUAGCUCAGAAAGAGCUAUCACUGGAUUUCAGUCCUGUAUGAACAACAGCUCUGCUAUCCUGGUCCUGGAUCUCUCCUGAGCAGAUACUUCUAGUUAUAAGUACUAUUCUGCAAACAGUUACUCUAGAUCCUUGAAUUCUUCAGGAUUUGCUUUGCGAACAGGGGGCUGCUAACAGGGAGUUUCGCAAGGGAGUUCUCCAGGUGAAGGAGGAGCUAAUACAGCAUCU